CAUGCUCAUCCUGCGAGUCGUGCUCCUCCGCGCAGUCUCUGUCGCCGCCGCCUCUCUCAGCACGCCGCCGCCGUCGUCUGUCGUGAUUAGCUGCGGGAGCGCUUUCGACGACCGCCUCUCCUGGCUCUGCUCGUUGCGAGCAGAAGGCGGAGCGCCGCUGCUGCGAGUCGAAGAGAUUGGGCCGGCGGACAGCCCGCAAUACGCGGUCGUGUGCGGCGGCGGGCUGUCGCUGUACCUCUGCCGUGACGCGCCCGCGGUCCCGCUGUCGCUCAGACUGCCAGCCGGCUCGACGCUGCCGCCAGGCGACGGGCCGCCGGCCGGCUGCUCCGCUCACGUGCCAGCCGCCGAUCCGUUUGCUGGCUUCGACCGCACCGCGCCGCUGCCGCUGCAGCACCUGCCGCGCUUCCGCCCGCGGCGCCACGUCAGCCGGGCGGCAGGCGCUGGAGGCUGGGGCGUGGGUCGCGCUGGGAUGCUCUAUCGCGACUUGCUGCCCGACAGGGCGGGCGGAUCUCUCAUCGUGAGCCUCAUCCGGAUCGAGGAGGGCGGCGAGGUGCCCGACUGGGUGCACUACCACCGUGUACGCUUCCAGCUCAUCUACAUCGUCUGCGGGUGGGUGGAGGCAGCACCAAAAGCUGGGAUCAUCGGAGGAUUUCACUGAGCAUCGGCAGCGAGCCAACAAAGCGAUUGGCACUAGGUGGUCUACGAGGGGCAGGGCGCGCCCUUCGUCCUGCGGCCGGGCGACUUUGUGACGCAGCCUCCCACGAUCAGGCACCGCGUGCUGCGCUGCUCUCGCGGGCUCGAGGACCGGCCGGCACACGUGUCCACGGCACGCCGCACGGAAGGGCCGUGAGGACCCGUCCAUGACACUGCCGCAGGUGCUCGAGGUGAGCGCGCCGGCGGAGCACGCCACGCUGGCGGACCACGACCACGCCUUGCCGGGCGGGCGGGCGGUGGCCGCAGGCGGAGAGGGCCUCUUUGGCGGCCAGCGCUUCGUGCGGCACGUGGCGGCAGAGGAGAGGGAGGCAGGCGGCGGAGGAGAGGAGGCGCGGGGCGACAGCGGGGCUGGCGCUUCCUUCUCGUGGCUCGAGAGCGGGGUGGGCGAGGCGACGGCGGGGCUGGCGCGCGUGCGAAUCGGCCGCCGGACCGGCGCCUCGCUGGCUUGUGGUGGUGGAGGUGGCG